AUGUGUAGCUCCGACAUAUUCUUGGCCGUUCUGGCCGUCUUCUUCCCGCCUAUUGCCGUGUGGGUCAAAGCAGGCAUUUGCACCGCGGACUCCAUCAUCAAUAUCGCCCUCUGCUUACUCUGCUUCCUCCCCGGUCUCAUCCACGCCUGGUAUAUCAUCGCCAAGUACCCAGAGCCGGACUAUGACGAUGUGGGCUAUGAGCCUAUCCCCGGUGGCUCCAGCCAGCGUCGGGAUCUUGAAAAUGGUCAAGUGACCUACUACUAUGUCUCACACCAGCCUCCCCGCCAAUCCUCCCAGCGAUCCUACGGCACCACAGACCCAGCGCAGCAAGCUCCCCAGAAUGCCCAGCACAAGCCCCAACACAACCAACAGGGUGGAAAUGCGGGAGGCAGCAGCGCACAACCACAGGCUGAAUCGCGACCCCCACCAACCUAUGCUGAGGCCGUCCAGGGUGAUCACAAGAUCCAAACCCACGAUUAG